AUGGCAACUAUGCUGAGAUUAAUGUGGCAUAUCCAUGUCAAUAAGGAGAGUCUGUGGAUCAAAUGGAUACACAAUGCAUACUUAAGAAAUGAUGAUAUAUGGCAUGUUCAGGCUAAAAACUGGGACUCAUGGAUAUGGAAGAAAAUUCUGAAAGUCAGAGAUAAAGCUGUUAACUUUUGUGGAGUUGUGCCAUGGCAUAGAACAAUUUGGGAGACUACAAACUUCCCUAGUCACUCUUUUAUCUGUUGGUUAGCAAUCCAAGAUAGGUUACUCACUAUUGACAGACUGAUUAAGAGGGGAUUAAUGAACACUAACAAUUGUUGUCUGUGUACUGGUUCUGAAAACAGAAACCAUCUUUUCUUUGAGUGCUGCUAUUCAAGAGAAGUGUGGCUUAAAAUUAUGGGUUGGCUCAGAUUCAAAUGGCAGUCCUGUAAUUGGAAUCAGCUUGUGAUUUGGUACAGUGAGAGACUGAAGGGGGAUGGUUUCAAUCAAAGGAUUAAAAGGAUGGCUUUAACUACAACAAUUUAUAGUAUAUGGAGAGAGAGGAAUUUCAGGAUUUUCAAGCAGAAAGCAAGGUCAGCUGAUCAGCUUUCUAAAGAUAUCAAACUUUGCAUUUACUCUUUUGUUCUCAAUGGAUCAUUCAAGGCAGAAGACAGAGAAUUGAUCAUUUCACUAUGA